AUCUGCAGGACAGCGGGAAGCUGAGCGCUGCUGACGUACUGGUGAAGACGAACCUCGAGCUCUCAAGGAGACAGACCAACGUCUGACUUGGCAGGAGCAGUAAACCUGUGCAAAACCAUGUCAGAAUAGACUGUUAAUUUCAAGGAUGGAGAGGGGAGCUGAUUUAAGCCAAGCCGUGUGCUACGGCUGGCUCAUCCUCCUGAGAAAUGCCACAAAAGCGCGGGGGGUGUCUUCUUCGCGAUGGGGCAUCUUUGAGGAUGAAACCAUGAAACUACGACAGCUGAAACUAGAGCAUCAGAGAGCUCUUUUAGAGAAGAAGCAGAGGAAGAAGCGUCUUGAUCCUUUGAUGGUACAGGCAAAUCCUGAGGCAAAGCUGCAUAGGUCAAAGCCCAAAGGGUAUGAGGAGCAGACUCCUUUAGUAAAAGCUCCUACCCCUUUCCACAGUGAUGUUAUUUUACAUGGUAUUGAUGGACCAGCUGCUUUCCUGAAAUCAGAAGUGCAAGAUCUGGGGACCAAGCUCCAAACUCUCUCUGCUGGAUCUUCCAAAUCAGAAGACAAUGCAGAUCAGGAAAAUGAUGGAGAGGCUCUAACAGACACAGCAGGCAAGCCAGAUCUGCAAGAAAUCUUACAGAAACGAGGAAUUUCAGGCAGUUUGAAUUUUGAUGAGGAGGAUGGAGAAGAGGAAGAAGCUAGUAAGAGACCAGCUUCUCAUUCACCAUAUCCUGAAACUGAGAGGCCUAGCUCGGCAACCAGCGUGAAAUCUUUCACAGAAACAGGUGCUUCCUGUAGUCCAUCCCUUUCAGCAGAUGCCCAGCUGGGAGAAAUAGAGAACUUGGAGGAAUUUGCAUUACACCCUGCACCCCGUGGUAUUACAGUCAAGUGUCGAAUCACUAGAGAUAAGAAGGGAAUGGACCGGGGCCUCUUUCCUACUUACUACAUGCAUCUGGAAAGGGAUGACAACAGAAAGACAUUCCUUCUUGCAGGGCGAAAACGAAAAAAGAGCAAAACAUCCAAUUACCUCAUAUCAGUUGACCCAACUGAUUUAUCCCGAGAAGGGGAAAGCUUCAUUGGAAAACUCCGAUCAAACCUCAUGGGAACAAAAUUUACAGUCUAUGACCAUGGAGUUAGCCCCCUCAAGGCACAAGGUCUAGUGGAAAAGGCUCAUACAAGACAGGAGCUUGCAGCUAUUUGUUAUGAAACCAACGUGUUAGGAUUUAAGGGUCCCAGAAAAAUGUCUGUGAUCAUUCCAGGAAUGAAUAUGAAUCAUAAGCGAAUUCCAAUACGUCCACGAAAUGAAAAUGAGAGUCUGCUGUCAAAAUGGCAAAACAAAAACUUAGAGAACCUCAUUGAGUUGCACAACAAGGCUCCAGUCUGGAAUGAUGAUACUCAAUCCUAUGUUUUGAACUUCCAUGGGAGAGUCACUCAGGCCUCGGUGAAGAACUUCCAGAUUGUGCAUGACAAUGACCGUAAGAGUCUGGUGGAGACUGACUACAUUGUGAUGCAGUUUGGUCGUGUAGCAGAAGAUGUGUUCACUCUAGACUAUAAUUAUCCUCUCUGUGCUCUUCAGGCCUUUGCUAUUGGACUCUCCAGUUUUGAUAGUAAAUUGGCCUGUGAAUGAGGGCAACAGACUUGAAACUCAUUCCCAUCCUUGCAUUCCCAAUGGAGUAAUGAAAAGCACAUUGGGGGUGGAAGGGAACUGGAGGAGAGACUU